AUGGCUUUGUUCGUGAGCUUACUCUUAGGGCUAAUCGCCGGAUGGUUAGCUUUCGUCGUUGGAUUGGUGAUAGGAUGGGCAUGGAGACCGAGAUGGGCUUCUUCUUCUUCAUCUUCUUAUAACAACCACAAAGUCAAAUUGCAAUGCUCUGCUCCGAGAUCUUUCGAUGUCUCUUUACCAUCAUCAUCAUCUCCUUCUCCUCGCUCUGUUUCUUCUCCAAUGAAGGGUUUUGGCUCAGCUCCUUGCUUAAAGGCUCUUGUUUGUGAGACAUGGACUAUGGCUUUAAGACAGCAGAAGACAAUUUCUCCUGUUUCUUCAUCUUCAUCUUGUGAUUCCUCUGAACAUGUAGAUGCAAUUCCUGGAGGGAAGAAAACAGAGGAGAGAUUGCCUAACACUGUAACGGAAUUAGAUUUGAGGCAGCUUGUGCAAUUGGUUGAGAGGAAAGAUGGUGGUCAUGCUUGGAUUCAGGUUAUGGAUCGUUUCACUUCUGGUAUGAGAUAUCAAGCUUGGUUAAGAGAACCAAAGAAUGGUCCUACAGAGUAUAGAAGCAGAACGGUGUUUGAAGAUGCAACUCCUGAGGUUUUAAGAGACUUUUUCUGGGAUGAUGAGUUUAGACCAACUUGGGACACAAUGCUCUCUAGUUCCACUACUGUUGAAGAGUGUCCUUCUACUGGAACCAUGAUUGUUAGAUGGAUACGCAAGUUCCCUUUCUUCUGCAGUGAUAGAGAGUAUGUGAUCGGUCGCAGGAUAUGGAACUGUGGCAAAUCCUAUUACUGUGUUACAAAGGGAGUCUCAGUGCCUUCAAUACCGCGUAACAACAAACAAAAACGUGUGGAAUUGUUCUACUCAAGCUGGUGCAUUCGACCAGUGGAAUCAAGAAGAGACGAUGGAGUAACAAGCGCCUGCGAGGUUCUUCUGUUCCACCACGAAGACAUGGGGAUACCAAGAGAGAUCGCAAAGCUCGGAGUGAAACGAGGAAUGUGGGGAGCGGUGAAGAAGAUGGAGCCAGGUCUACGCGCUUACCAAGAGCUACGACUCUCCGGAGAAAGAACCAAGCUUUCUCGGCCAGCUCAAAUCAACACCAAAGUCACAUCAGAACAUCUCAUCUCGCUAAGCAACGGCGCAACGCCUGUGAAUGAGACUGUUGUUACAUCGAACGGAGGAAACCGAGCUGCGAACUUGAAGAAACUGUUGAUUCUUGGUGGAGCUAUUGCGGUUGUUUGCAGUUUGAGCGGAGUGGCUCUUGCUCCUCCUGCGUUUGUGUUAGCGUUUGGGAAAAGGUUUUGUAAUGGUGGAAAGAAACGUCAGCUCCAAGGAACAACAACAACAAGUACUACAACAACAACGACUCAGAGUCAAACUACUUCUUCAUAG